UCCCUCCACCCAACCCUUUACCCUUCUAUUCUAUUAUAUAUACAUCCAUCUCCACCUUUCCCAUCAUCAUUCAUCCAUACAUAAAUCCCAAUUAAUCAAUCCCCUUCAAAUUUCUCUGAUGGAUCAAUCUGGGUUUCAAGAUUUCUUGCCGUUAAUGGCGGAUAAGUUGGGUGGCGAAGGUCUGAUCGGAGAAUUAUGCAACGGAUUCCGGCUGCUUAUGGACGCCGACAAGGGUGUCAUCACUUUCGAAAGCCUCAAGAACAACUCGUCUCUUUUGGGUCUUGAAGAUUUGACGGACGAUGAUCUGAUGAGUAUGGUGAAAGAAGGUGAUUUUGAUGGAGAUGGAGCUCUGAAUCAGAUGGAGUUUUGUGUUCUUAUGUUCAGAUUAAGCCCUGACUUAAUGGAUCAGUCUCAGUUUUUGUUGGAAGAAGCUCUUGAACAAGAAGAAUUCAAUUAUUUGUAAUUUAUUUAGUAUUUUAUUAUCAUUUGAUGUUGUUUCCAAUUUAAUUUAAUUUAAUUUAAUUGCAUAAAGAUAAAAAGGAUCUUUUUUCUUUUGACCAAUUUGGUAGACGGUCAUUGUUGAAAAGUGUUGCUUCAAUAUUUAACCAUAAUUAACAU